AAAAAAAUUGGAACGUUUUGGGCGGCCAUGCAUGAUGCAUGAGCUUACAUAUGGGGGUGCCAAGGGAGCCUAGCUGUUAACAAGCUCGAUCCACUCACUGUCGCCACACACAAAUGUACACACACACAAAAGCAAUGGCUGGGCUUCGUGUUCUACUUCCGUUUCUCCUCCUAGCCGUCGCUUUUGGCGCCCACGACGGCGCUGCCCUGCCGCCGAUCAGCCGGAGAAGCUUCCCUGAGGGAUUCAUAUUCGGGACAUCCUCGGCUUCCUAUCAGUAUGAAGGUGGCGUGAUGGACGGGGGCAGAGGACCAAGCAUCUGGGACACCUUCACCCAUCACCACCCAGAUAAAAUUAUUGACAGAAGCAAUGGGGAUGUGGCCGUGGAUUCUUACCAUCUGUACAAAGAAGAUGUGCGCCUCAUGAAGGACAUGGGAAUGGAUGCAUACAGAUUCUCCAUCUCAUGGACAAGAAUUCUUCCAAAUGGAAGUCUGAGCGGUGGAGUCAACAGAGAAGGUGUGAGAUACUACAACAAUUUGAUUGAUGAACUCUUGUUGAAAGGGGUGCAGCCAUUUGUGACCCUUUUUCACUUCGACUCACCUCAGGCAUUAGAAGACAAAUACGGAGGAUUUCUUAGUCCUAAUAUAAUUAACGACUACAGGGACUAUGCUGAAGUCUGCUUCAAAGAGUUUGGUGAUCGAGUCAAACACUGGAUCACGUUCAAUGAACCCGGAGGCUUCUGCACAGCAGGGUAUGCAUCUGGAGUGUUUGCACCAGCCCGGUGCUCGCCAUGGGAGCAGGGCAACUGCAGUGCUGGGGAUUCAGGAACGGAGCCUUACACUGUAUGUCAUCAUCAACUACUUGCCCAUGCAGAAACAGUUCGCUUGUACAAAGAGAAGUACCAGGCGGUCCAAGGAGGGAAGAUGGGAAUAUCAUUAAACUCACUUUGGUUUCUCCCUUCGUCCCCAUCCAAAUCCAACAAUGAUGCAGCGAGACGUGCCUUGGAUUUCACAUUUGGAUGGUUUAUGGACCCCCUUGUUGGAGGUGACUACCCACUCAACAUGAAAGGAUUGGUGGGAAAUCGCUUGCCACGAUUCACAAGAAAACAAUCUAAGAUGCUCAAGGGUGCAUUUGACUUCAUCGGACUCAACUACUAUACUACAUACUAUGCUGCUAAUCUUCCUCCUGCAAAUGGCCUUAACAUUAGCUAUACCACUGAUUCUCAAGCUAAUCUUUCGGGUAUUCGAAAUGGUGUCCCCAUAGGUCCCCAGGCUGCUAGUCCUUGGCUCUACGUGUACCCUCGAGGCUUUAGUGAGCUUCUACUUUAUGUUAAGGAAAACUAUGGCAACCCUACUAUCUACAUCACUGAAAACGGCUUUGACGAAGCCAACAACAUGAGCUUGCCACUCCAGGAAGCCCUGAAGGACGACACUCGCAUAGAGUACCACCACAAGCACCUCCUUGCCCUGUUAAGUGCUAUAAGGGAUGGAGCAAAUGUGAAAGGAUACUUCGCAUGGUCGCUGCUAGAUAACUUCGAGUGGGUGUAUGGCUACACAGUCCGGUUCGGGCUAAACUUCGUGGACUACAACGACGGGUUGAAGCGGUACCCCAAGAACUCAGCCCGUUGGUUCAAGGAGUUCCUGCAAAACUGAACAUGGACCUGACCUAGCAAAUGGAAGAUGCAUUUGGGACGGUGCAAGACUUUUUUGGUGUACGUUGAUUGAUUUUUGCAUAUGUCAUGGCAUGGACAUUGUGUUAAAACAAAUGCAUUUGCGUUUUGCUGCAAUAAAGCAUGUCUACGUUGGUCUGGUAA